AAAUUGUCUCGCGGUCCUUGUUCAAAAUAACAAAACUGACUCGCCGACCAACGUCUCUCGUUCUACAACGUUUGUAGCUGUGUAAUAAUCCGAAAAAAAGAGACAAAGGGCAGGCUCGGAAGCGGUUUAGUUUCCACGAUGGCAGAAGGAGGAGAUGUUGAAUGGGAGCUAAGCAAAGAAAACAUCCAGCCACUGCGGCGGGGCCGUGCCAUAUCAGCUUUACAGGAGGCGCUCAGUCAACAACAGGACGGAGUCAUCUCUGCUAUCAACCAGCAGAGACAGGCCUUUGAGUCUGAACUGCGAAUGUAUGACGGAGAUGAUCCACUUGACGUUUGGGAUCGGUAUAUUAAGUGGACAGAGCAAACCUUCCCCCAGGGUGGGAAAGAGAGCAACCUCAACACACUGUUGGAGCGAGUCGUGACCAAAUUCACAGAGGAAAAGAAAUAUCACAAUGACCCUCGCUAUGUUGAACUCUGGAUCAAAUUUGCAGAGAGCUGCCCGGAGCCCUUGGACCUUUUUAGGUACAUGCAAGCACAGGGAAUAGGAUUGACACAGGCAUCCUUCUACAUCGCGUGGUCUGAGGAACAUGAGAAUCAGGGCAACUCCCGGAAAGCAGACCUGGUCUACCAGGAGGGAUUCAAGAAGUGUGCCCAGCCGCAUGAUAAGCUCCAGCAGUUUCAUAAGGCUUUGCAGGCACGUGUGUCCCGACAGGUGAUGAUGAACGUGGAGGAGGACGACAGUGAUGAUGAGCCUAAACAACCUGAGAGAGUUUCUCUAGCCGACCUCAAACACAGAGGGAAGAAAAAGGCCAUCGCCCCAGUUAACCGAACUGGGCCUGCAAUCAGAAAUAUUUCAAGAGGCCUGCAGUCGCACGGCGCCCCUGUUCUCCGCAAUGCGUCCAACAGUCAGCUGGUGAUCUUUGAUGAGAACAAGUCUCAAAAUGCUGGCCCUUCUGAGCCUAAGCUGGAGUCAUGGAUGGCCCCUCCCACUUCCAGGGCAAAAGAGAACGAGCAGGGGCCUGAAAGAUGGUGUGAUGUCAAGAUGCCUCAGAAGUCCAAAUUCGGACAUACUGUUAUGCCCCCACCGCCUCCCAAACCCACCUUCCAACCAUUUGUUGAGGAGUCAGACCAGCCUCCAACAAUGACUCCAUGUAAGAUCAACCCGGCAGUGAACACAGUUUUAUCAUCACGUAAGCCCCGCAAAGAGGAAACUCCACUAAAGAGACUCCAGGAGCACCAUCAGCAACAGAAGGAAGCAGAAUCAGGAAAACCACAGGAGCAGAGCAUGUACUGUAAAGAGCUGCUGCUCAGCGGUGCCACCGAGUUCUGCUUUGAGGAGCUGCGUGCUGAACGCUACUUCAAAAAGAUGGCACAGGAAUCUCAGGAGGUCAAAAGUCAUCCGGCUAGUGCCAGUGCCUCAAACUGAUGCAUCUAAGAAGACUAACUGACUUUUAAAAAAAAUGAUUUUUACCUUCAUUUAAACACGAUUUUAUCUGCAAGUAUCAUGUCGUAACUGUUAUGUAUGGUUUGUUAUCUUGCCGUAGUUUUGUUUAAAGAGAUCCAGUUACUCACAAAGGUGAAAAGACAAAAAGGUUGAAGUUUUUUAGAAACCGUCUAAACUGGAGACAGUAUUUCACUCAUGUUGAAUCAUUAAAAUAUGGUGGGCGGAUUAAAUAUACGCAAUUGAAUCCUGUACAAAAUACCACAAUUUCACAAUAGCAUGGAAUAAAUGUCUACACAGUUUCAACAAACAAUAUAAACAACAUGAGUUUCACAGUAGUAUUUGAAGUGCUACUGUAUUGUGUGAAUGUAUGUGUCCACUCCUUGUUAAUACUAAAACACAUUUGUCUACCACUGCUCAAGUCUCCUGCAGAAAUACUUCUCACACUUGUUCCUAAUUUUUUACAUUUUUCUUAACAUCGUUCUUUAGAACAUUUUCUAAUGUGCGUCUUGCUCAGUAUUUCUUGAGCAGAUACUUCAGUACAAUUCCAACACAGACUAAAGUGGGCUUCAGUGAGGUGAUUCAUUUGGGAUUUAUGUCCCAGACUGACUAAAAUGUCCCUUCUAGGCUAUGUCUCAUUGAUGUCCAAUAAACUUGUGAAAUGUCUGGCUGGA